AUGCAGGACACAGAGGCUGAGGCUUCCCCUGCUGCCAUUCCCCAGCACCAGGAUCAGGAGAUCUGCUGCCUCUGCAGAUGGAGGCUCCCGCUCCAAGUGGUCAGGAAGGGGCUCCUGGAGCGUGUGGCCAAGGCAGGUGAACAGGGCACGCUAACGGGAGAGUCUGGCAUCAUGGAACUGGUGCAAGAAGUGAAGAGGAAGCCAGUGCGUUUGGAUGGGGACAUUUGCCCGCCUCUAAUCUUCCGUCACCUCUCCAAAACCAAAACAAGCAAAAGCAGUUAUGCCUGGAAUGAAACACAAAAAAGCACAGUGAAGUUAAUGAGUGACGCACCGGAGCGGCCUUUGCCCCCAGAGAAGGCAGAUAGUGACAGAGCCAAGCACGUCCCAAAGGAGAGAAGGGGGGGGGAGCUGGGGGGACAGGCACAUCAGGAUCUUUGGCUGGCUGCCUUUCCAGACUCCCAGUCUUUUCUCCGCUGGGUAAAAGCUUCCUCGGAGGAACAGUGGGCGUUGCUGGCCAGAGACAUGAGGAACACACUGUCCAGCUGGACACAGAGGCUGGAGUGGCCGGAGACCAUGCCUCCCCGCAAAGGCCUCAUGUUCUGCCUUCUCCUCAGCCUCUCAGGGGCUUUGGAGCACCCAGCAAAGGCCAGGAGGCUCCUAAAGGAGAAGCAGGGGAUCAGUGUUUCUAAUGGAGGCCCUCGGGGGGUCUGGGGAAGGCCAGAGUUCUGCCCAGAAGGCACCUGUGCCAAUGGUUUCAAGCUGCAGGUCCAUUCACCAGCCAACGGCACAGACAAGACAGGAGUGAAUGGGAUCAAGCUGCGCUGCUCAGAUAUGUCCAGCAUCACAUCGACUGUUGGGCCGUGGGGAGCCUGGACCACCACUCGCCUCUGCCCCACCGGCUACCUGGACUCCUUUGCCCUGCGGGCCCAGCAAGAAGCAGCCUCCCCUGACAAGAUGGCCGUCACCAACGUCCUCUUCACCUGCUCCUCCUCUAGCCACCCCCUGGUGGGAGACGGGCUGGCCGAGGGCCUCCUCGGGGGCUGGAGCAACAAGUGCCUCCACGGCCACGUGAUCUGCGGCAUCCGCACCAAGGUGCAGAAUCCUCAGGAGCAGGCCGAUGAGACGGCCCUCAACGACGCCCUGUUCUACUGCUGCCCCUGCCACUCUCCUCCCAAGCCCACCCCACCGUAG